CGGUCGCCUUUCCGGUCUGAUCAUCCGUUUUCAGCUCAUGCCCAGCGUAUUUCAGAAAAGUAAUUACAUUCAAUCACAGAUCACCCGUGAACAGGUUGCUCUCUGAGCGGGUUGGUCACGUGGACAGUCCACGUCUCAAGCUUCCCACCGGAGCCCAACGAAGGAGAGAAUUCUUACAUCGAUGAAGCCAGACGAGGAAAUCUUGAUGUGAUUCGCUCCUAUUGUAGCCUAGAGACGGUGCGGAGGCAUGGCCCUGCAGGCCUCUCCCUUUCCUAAUGGGUGUGUUGCAGGCGCCCAUGCUGUGGGAUGGGCCCUCAUCCUGCCGUGUUUCUGGUUUCUUGACCGCCUCAUUGCAGUGUGCAAGUCCACCACCUUGGAGAGAACACAGCGGCAGGAGCAGGAAUGCUACCUCCACCCUCUCAAGGUCUUCUUUGGCUCCAUCGCGUUCUUCGUUCUUUUCCUAUUAACAACCCCCCUGGCUUUUCUGGGCUUUCUGCUGUGGGCACCCCUUCAGGCCUGCCGCAGGCCGUUCUACUACCACCGGGAGAGACCCGCCUCCCUGGAGAUGGAGACGCACCGGGGCUUCGAGCUGACUGGGAAGGCGUCGUUUGGCUUUGCGUCGGCUAACCUCUGUCUGCUCCCGGAUAGCUUGGCGCGCUUUAACAACCUGGGGGACAGUCAGCGCCGGGCAGCUCUCAUCGGCGAGCGCAUUGUGCAGGGCGUGUGUCGACCCCACAUCCGCAUCUUUAUAGACUCCCCCAGCAGCUGCGGCACUCUCAGCCCCUCCAACAGCAUGCUCCCUACAAGCUCAUCCACAUAUGGGGCUACGGACCGACAGGCUCCCACCCCAGUAAGUCACCAUCCUGACCCUGUUGAGCAACACGUUGACGUCUCAGACUCCAGUAGUCGUGUGGUGUGCCCCCCCCCAGAUGAUACAGAGCACCUCCUCAAUGAUCCAUCCACCCCGCUCUUAAAUUCUAAUCAGAACUCUAACCAGCAGGGCCACGAGAGUCACCGGAGUGCCCCCCGAGCUUUGCUGUCCCAAGGUCUGCGUGAGCAGGACGACGUGCCCUGGGAGGUGUCGUCACUGUUUCCAGCUAAUGUGGACAUACUGUGCCUGGAGGAGGUGUUUGAUAAGAGGGCUGCGCAGAAGCUCACCAAUGUACUGAAGCCCGUGUUUGGACACAUACUGUACGACGUCGGCCUGUACGCCUGCCAGCCGCCAUGCGGAUGCAACUCUUUCAAGUUCUUCAACAGCGGCCUGUUUGUGGCCAGCCGAUUCCCCGUGCUCGAGGCCGAGUACCACUGUUUUCCGAACAGCCGAGGGGAGGACGCUCUGGCGGCCAAGGGCCUACUUUGUACCAAGCUGCUAAUCGGACACAAUCAGAAACAGAAAAAAGUUGUGGGCUUUUUUAACUGCACACAUCUUCAUGCACCAGAAGGUGAGGGGAAAAUUCGCUGUGACCAGUUGAACAUGGUAACCAAGUGGAUCGGGGAUUUCCAAGCGGUUCACAAACGGCAGGAGGAGGAGGUGGCUUUUGAUGUGCUGUGUGGCGAUUUUAACUUUGACAACUGCUCACCUGAUGACACUCUGGAACAGAACCACAGCCUUUUCACUGAAUACAGAGACCCUUGUCGAGCAGGACCUCGAAAAGAGAAGCCCUGGGUUAUUGGCACUCUCUUGAAGCAGCCCACCCUGUACGACGAGAGCGUCAACACUCCAGAAGGUUUACAACGAGCUCUGGAGAGAGAGGAUCUGAGGAGGCAGUACAUCUGCCCUCCUGUCCCUGCAGCAGGCUUGCCGCUGGUUUACCCCGAGAACGGCCAGCCUUGGAUUGGACGUCGGAUCGACUACCUCCUCUACAGAGAAAGCUCCGUUUCAACACGAACAGAAAUCGAAGAGGUGACCUUCAUUACACAUCUGGCAGGCCUGACGGACCACAUCCCUGUGGGCUUGAGACUUAAUAUCACUAUGGACUCUGGUAGUAAUGAAUAACAACUGAAUCAAUGGGAUCAAAAUGAACGUUCGCUGUUGUACGGAUGUCAUGAUUACAUACUUGAAUAUGUAUUUUGAAAUUAUAUUACAAUAAGGUGAUUUUUUUUAAUGAAUGUACUGAUUUUUCAUAUCCAACUUUAUAUGGGAACAAAUUUUCAGGCCAAAGGUGGGCAUUUUGUAAAUUUGCAUAUUUUUAGAAUAUUUUGCUGGAACAGUUUUACUAUAUAAAUAAAUGCCAAGAGAUUUUUGCUCGGUA